AUGACUGGCGGAUUCAGUGUUUCUGCCAUUGGCUCUGCGUUCAAAGAUCCGAUCAGUAGAUUGAAGUGGGGAUUUCUCCCGGUCGAAAGAGACGUUCCUGAUCUCAAGGAAGAUUCCGAUGAUGACCAGGACAGUGUGAAGGAAUCGCCUGUUUAUGAGCACAUUGUCGAUGACAAGUCUUCUGUCGAGUUCAGAGAUGAGUCCAACAGAAAAUGGUGGAAAUUCUUCGAUGAAUACGAGUACCGUCAGAACUCAAAGCAAAGAAGUGCUCAUAAAUGGUACCAUUGGUUCAACCAGGACGAUACCCCCGAGGAGAGAAAACUGGUGAUCAAGCUUGACAUCUUGCUCUGUUUCUACUCCCUGAUGGCCUAUUGGGUCAAAUACCUCGAUCAAACCAACUUGAACAACGCUUAUGUCAGUGGAAUGAAAGAAUCCAUCGGAAUGAAAGGUAACGAUCUGGUCCACACCCAAGCUGUGUUCACCGUCGGAACCAUUGUUUUCCAGAUUCCUUUCAUGUACAUCUUGUACAAAGUUCCUUUGAGCUAUGUUCUGCCAACAUUGGACAUCUGUUGGAGUUUGUUCACUCUGGGAGCUUACCGUGCAACCAACGUUAGUCAUUUGGAGGCCAUGAGAUUCUUCAUUGGUCUGUUUGAGGCUCCUGGCUAUCUCGCUUACAUGUACCUUUUCGGAAGUUGGUACAAAGUUGAUGAGAUUGUUCGUCGUUCUAUGGUGUAUUAUAUUGGUCAAUAUCUUGGCGUUUUGACCUCUGGUCUUUUGCAAGGUGCCAUUUAUAACUCGCUUAACAUGAAGAAUGGCCUUGAAGGUUGGAGAUGGAUGUUCAUCAUCGAUGCUAUCAUUUCCAUAGCGGUUGGAAUCAUCGGAUUCUAUUCCAUCCCAGGUACUCCAAGACAGUGCUAUUCUAUCUUCUUGACCGACAAAGAGAUCCUGCUUGCUAGAAAGAGAUUGAAGGACAACAAAACAGGAUACAACGUUCCUCCUGAAAGACACUUUUUCGACCGCGCUAUCUGGAAAAAACUGCUUACCUCGUGGCACAUCUAUGUCCUCAGUCUUUGGGAUAUUUUCUGCUGGAACAAUAAUAACGGAACCUCUGGUGCUUAUUUGCUUUGGAUCAAGUCGCUUAAAAGAUACAGCACCGGAAAGGUUAACCAAUUGGGCGCAAUCACUCCAGCUAUUGGUAUUCUUUGGUUGAUUCUGACAGGAUGUUAUGCUGACUUCUUCCAUUCGCGUUGGCAGGCCAUUCUUCUGUCCCAAGUGCUGAAUAUAAUCGGCAAUGUCAUUCUGGCAGUCUGGGACGUUCCUGAAGGUGCCAAAUGGUUUGCAUUCAUGCUUCAAUACACCGGUUGGGCUAUGGCUCCCGUUUUAUAUGGAUGGGUCAAUGACAUUUGCAGAGGCGAUCCUCAAUAUAGAGCUGUUGUUCUCGUGACUAUCAACAUCAUGGCCCAAACUUCCACGGCCUGGAUCUCCGUCCUUGUGUGGAAAACCGUGGAAGCUCCUCGUUUCUUGAAAGGUUUCACCUUCACCGCUUGCAGCGCUUUUUGCUUGGUCUUGUGGACCUUCGUUGUCCUGUACUUUUAUAAGAGACAGGAGAAGCAAGCGAGCGAAAAGAAUGGUAUCGUCAUUGUCGAUAAGAAGUCUCCUAAGGCGUAG